UGUGUGUGUUUUGUGGAAGCUGCAACGAUGAAGGAGCAACCCGGCCGUAAGGCUGGCAUGCUGAUGGACAAAUCCGUGUUUGGGUACUUUAAGCAUUUCAUCAACGAAGACGAUGGUAUCCGGGUGAAUGGUGCCUGCAGCUUGAUCGAGUUCCUAACAAAGGGAAAAUCGCACACGGCCCAGCAGAAUGGCUCCGGUGAUGUGGCUGAAGAAAUGUCCGCACCUAAGUCGGCCGAAACUGCCUAUGCACUAAAGCGUCUAGUUCGUGGCGUUGGUUCCACGCUAAAUGCCUCCCGAAUUGGUUUCUUCACUGCACUGGUAGGGCUACUGGAGCAGCUAAAGUGUAAAGAGCUGGAAUGUCCCGCCGUCACGGAACUGUUGGGAUUGAUCAAAACGGAGUUAACCGAUUCAGAGCGUGGCGAUAAGGAGGAUAAAAAGGAAAAAGUAAAUCUCGAACUACGCAUUGGCAAAAUUCUCGUCUGUGGAGCUAUCAUCAAAUCCGGCCUGAUCGACAGCGCAACCGAACAGGAAUUGCAAUCAGUACUGAAAACUAUGAAGAAAAACAUGCACGAAAUGCUCACACCAUUGGUGUAUGCAUUUCUGAACGAGCUCACCAAUCGACUGGAUGCAGCGAAAUUCUCCAAAGUGUUUUGGCCCGUGUUUGAGGAGGUGCUAAACGUGCCGAAGGAAAAUCACACGAUCGAUUCGGUGUUCUUCCUACUGCAGCUAUCGAUUGGACCGCACAAGAAGCUUAUCAAUAGCAAAUACUUCGAGCGCAACUUUGGCGUUCCGAAUCUGCUGCACGAGGAUAACUUUGCCUUUUUGGCCAAGUUGCUUUUCGGUGUUGGCUCCACGAUGGGUAUUAAUCAUCCGUUCUACGAGUGUUUGCUAGAGCAGUUGAGCAAGAAGAACGCGAUGGUACCGUUCUGGCGUGACACUAUUGUGCCGGUAUUGGAGCAGGAAACGGACGAUAAACCGAAGCAUCGCAAUUUAAUUGUACUUCGCAUGGCGAUUUCCGUUCUGGGUCGUAUGGAAGAUUACGCACUCGUUCCGGAAGUUUUACACCCAACGUUUGUAAAGUUUCUGGUAAACGACCUUAAAAAUCGCUCCAAGUACAGUGAAGACGUGCGCAACCUGUACCAGGAAGUGUGUACCACACUGCUCGGCUGUUAUCCCAAAAUGCAGGACGAAAGUGCCCGUCUGGCCACGUUCCGUCGGUUGAUGAAUGCGCCGGGCAGUAUACUGAUCGACAAGUAUGCCAAUUGUAAGCUACUGCAGAACCUGCUCGUUUCACUGUCCGCUCCAAGUUUGCAGUCGAUUGCGGCCGAACUGCAGACAUUCAUCCUGGACGAAUCGACGGGAACCAAUGCUGAACGAUCGUAUGCAGCGCAGGUACUGCAGCGAAUACUUUCCAUGCGCCAGCUCGCAUCAGCUGCCGAUUCUAGCGACGGCAAACAAGAGGAAAUGGAGAAAUGGCAUCAAGAAAUGGUACAGUUUUUCCUUACCCUCGGCGUAUUCUACACCAAGGAUGGAGUGAAAGUGCUGAAAGGCACUAAAUCGGAUAAAGCCAUCUCGUCCGAACUGGCUACAAUGAUGCGCGGGAUGUUUUUCCAUUCACUCGAACAUCGGCAUGCAAAGUUAGCGAACGAGCGUGCCUUUUUACUGUCGAUUGUGCGCCAUGUCGAUGAGCUGCUGCGUACCAAUGGUGUCAAGUCGCUGCGAAGUCCGCUGACCGACGAACAGCUCAACUGUUGGCACAAGAUGUUUGCCACGGUUGCCAGCGAUUCACCAAACAAGAAGCAAAGCAAGAAACAAACCCGUGGCGAGGAAACGACACAGUGCGAUACGGUAUUUCACAUCCUGUUAAUGCACAUGGGGCUACAUUUGUUCAGCGAUCCGGAAGUGGCCAGCAGCUCGAUCAUGGAGCUUGAGUGUGUCAUGAAACGCAUCGAAGAGAAGGCAAAGCUACGUCGACAAAGUACCAGCAAUGGUGGAAUGACUAACGGCAAAAACAAAAAGAAAUCGUCUAGCGAGCUUGAGUACGAACUGGAACCGGCCGAACCGGAAUGGAUCGAGGUGGUGGUGGAUCUUUUUCUGAAUUUGCUUUCCCAAAAUUCGCACCUACUGCGCAAAGUAAUCGGCCAUCUGUUUCCGCAUCUUUCGGGUGAAAUAACACUGCCAGCACUGAAUCAGAUCCUGUCGGUUAUUAACCUGAAGGACAAAUCGAAUCCACUCGCAAUGAACGGUGAGGACGAGGAGGAGGAAGAGGAGGACGAGGAGAAUGGAAGUGAAGCGGAGGAAGAAGUGGACGAAGAUGGAAAGGAUUCGGCAGCGGACGAGAGUGGUGUGGAAAGUGAUGACGAUCCGAACGAGGAAAAUGACGAUGACGACGAGGAAGAGGAGGACGAUGACGAUGAGGAUAUAAUGGGAGACGAGGAGGAGGAAGAGAACAUUUCCGAUACGAUGCGCCAAACGAUACAGGCGGCACUGGGCGGUGCAAAUCCGGAAACUGACACAGAAUCGGUCGAUUUGGACGACCUCGAUGAGGAGCAGGGUCGUAAGCUGGAUGUGGCACUUUCCGCUGCCUUCCGGGCGUUCCGCAAAUCGAAACCUUCGCGCAAACGGAAGGGACCAACGAAGGUGGAAAAGCAGAUGGAUACAGUGUUGACCCACUUCCGGAUGCGGGUGCUCGAUCUGAUCGAUGCGUACCUUAAGCAGGAACCGGACAUGCUGCUGUGUCUUGAGCUGAUGCUGUACAUCUUCGAGAUGUUGCCGGUUGGGUUGCGCGAGGAGUCCAAGUAUGGAGCGAUUCUGAAGCGAUACAUACACAUUUUUAAUACGUUGAUUCGCAUAAAGAAGUUUAAGCGAGAUGCGGCCGGAGUGCGGAUGGAACAGCUCGAUCAGAUAUUGCGCGAUUUGAUCGAAAAGGUGGCGAAGGGUGUUGCCUUUCCGGAGCGUAACGAGUACCUGUUGAAGGCUUGCCAGUUUAUCGUCAUCUGUAGUCAGGUGCUGGCCAAGCAGGAAGCGGGAAGGGAAUCGAAUGCGGUAGAUAGAACGUUCGGUGAGCUGCUGACGGAGUUUAUUAGCAAUCGAAAUCCAUCGCUUGCGUUUGGUGUGUUUCAAAACUUGUUCCGGAUGCAGUGGAGUGGCGUGUGGCAUUUGGUAGAUAAGUUAGUGAGCGGUGGAUUAAAGCUAAGCUCGGUACGAUCAAUUCGUAGAAUACAGACACUUCAGUUGCUGAGGGAAUUGCUUCGAAAUCGGCGCUUGAUAAAUGCUGAUCAGCCACGAUCGGGGACUGCAUUGCGUAAUAUCUGCAACGAAGCACUCGCUCCAUACGUAACGGAACUGGAGGCAGCAGUCAGUGCAGGGGAUCGUUCAAUUGGACAGAACGAACUGUACGAGCUGUUGAUGGUACUUCACGAGGUAAAAAAUCAUUCACCAAUGGUCAGCAAUGCUGGUGAUAAGAAGAAAGUGGACAAAAAGUCAGAGCUGCUCAAAUGGGACACGAUCGGAGCACAGGUACAAUCGAUGCGUCUGUUCGCCCUUAACUCGCAAACGAUGUCCACGUAUAGGCGAUUUUGUCAGCGAUUAAAUCUGUCGCCAGUUAGCAAUGAAGGACUGCCUGCUUUGAAGGAAGCUGGAAGUAAUGGUGUUACUGUGGAAAUGUCUAGCGAAGAAAAACCUGCUGUUAACGGUGUUACCCCCAAGAAGGGUAAUGCCAAAAAGCGGAAAUCAGAGACAAAGAAGGAAGCGAAUGAGGAAGAGGACCCACUCAUGAACGGCAGUGUGGAUGAGGAAGAAAAUGACCAACCAUCGGAAACUGCCAAUCAAUCUGACAAGCGGAAGCGAAAGAAGGGCAAGAAGGUACCUUCAUCAGUGGUGAACGACACAAACGGUGUGGAACCAACGGUGCUCAACGGUGACCACCAGUCAGAGGACGCUAAACCUAAGCGAAAGCGAAAGAACCAACUGAACGGUGGUGAUGAUGGAGACAUAACCGAAAGUUCUACGAAAAAGGAAAAACGACGACGAAAGGAAGCCCGAUUGCAGGCUGCAUCGCAAGGGAUGGAAGGAAUUUCGUUUGCUAGGGUGGUACAACUUGAGUAA